AUGCCGCCACCACCGUCUUCGAAUCGGGACCCACCUUCGUCGUCGAGCAGUAGCAGGCCCGCCGACGUGCCAGGGGGGAUUCGUAUAGCUGGCGCUGCAAGUCGUGCUGCUUCUGCUUCUGCAUUAGCUGGCCCAACACCUUCCCCCCGCGACACGCCGGGAAAGGAGAGCAAUAAGCCACCGGUGAAGCUGGAUAGAGAACCGCAUACGGCGUAUGCCCAUCGACUGCCGCCGAAAACUGCACCCGCACCGGCCCAAGGUGAGGUGGGGAAGGAACCGGUUGUACAGAGGAACAGCUCGAGUGUCAAGGAUACCGUUAGGGCUGGACAUCAGCGCCCACAAGCUCCACAGCAUCCAAGUAGUGCUGGCACCAGCACGGGUAGUGCUCAACCACCAGCACCUGCUCCAGCAACAGCAACAGCAACAGCAACAGCAACAGCAACAGCAACAGCAACAGCAGUUGGGGAUGAUGAUGAGGAAGAAGAAGGAGCAAUCGAUGACAACAGUAGCGCACAGCCAGCGCAGCAGGCUGGAGGAGCAUCUGCAUUCGGCUCUGGAUUCAAUCCACCGCCACCAAAAACUCCACUGCAUCCAUCGCGAACUCCUUCUGCCGCAAGCAAUGAUCGCCAUCGUCGUAGAGACCAAUACCAAUCUUACCAACCGAGGUCAGCUUCACCGCCAAAAUCGCAACCACCACCACCACCACCACCAGCGCCAUCGUCUUCUGCAGCUGCAUCAUACUAUCCUCGCAGUCCUUCUCCUCCUCGCAGCAGUCGAGAUUCGUACCCAGCUCAAGAUUCACGUUAUUCUCGUGACGACCAUCGCGCAGGCGGAGGGGCAAAUGGAAAUCUGCCAUCUCGCACCAACCAUCCGAGGGAUCACGAGCGCUCACGUGGAAGAGAUCGAGCUGAAGAUGGAUGGCAUGCCGAACCAAAUCGAGGCUGGAGUAGUAGCGAUUGGCGCAGCGGUGAUCGAGAUAGAGGUUGGGAUCGCUCCGACCCCAGAAGUGACCGGGAAAGGCAAUGGCACAGAGACCAUCGUGAUCGGCACUCGUACAACCGGAAUGGCUGGGAAAGAGAAGCUUCUCCACCAUCCACUACAACUCGACCUGAACAAAGGUAUGCUGGAUGGUCACCCACUCCACCACACACCAAAUCUUCCACCAGCCACCAAUCCACCGCCGACCCCGCCGCUCCCCAUUCGAAUGGCAAUGCUGAUCAACGCCCACCUUCUAGAAUGGGUCGUACUGAACCCCCUCCCCCUCUCAUCGCUGAGCAAGGUGGUGGUGGUGGGGUGAAAAGACCUCGCUCGCCCUCUGGAGCAAGAGGAAACUCUCCACCAGCAGGACUACUUAAACGGAAACCGAACUUUUCUGCCAUUGUUCCUCCAACCCUGCUCUCCCCUGGAAAGGAAAUGGAGAAACCGAUUGAGGAUAAGGAUAAUGUUGCGCCUGGUGCACCUCUCCCCCAUCCUCCUGCUGCUAGUAGUACUAUGCAGUCCCCCGUACUGCCUUUGAGGAUGGGAUCAGAGUUGGCGGGUACUACCUCCACCCUAUCCACGACAGCAGUGCAAUCGGCGGAUUCGAACUAUCAACUUAUGUGCGAAGCACUAGAUCAUGUUGAUUGUCCUUCUGUUCGACUUUCUUGUCUACCACGCAAACCCUCCUCCACCUCUACCUCUUCCGAUGAGAAGAUUCUGAGUGGACGAGAGAGAAGGAAGAACCGCCCGGCACCGAUCCCACUCAACCAACGCAAGUUCAUUGGAUGCUCCUCACUCGACGACUAUGAAAUAUCCAUCAAACUCGGCCAAGGAACCUUCGGCCAAGUUCUCAAAGGACGACAAAUCCUCACUGGCACUCAAGUCGCACUUAAAAAGGUUACCAUCCAUGACGCGAAAGACGGACUGCCCAUUACCGCUCUUCGCGAGAUCAAGCUUCUUAAGAAACUCAAGCAUCCAAGUAUAGUGCCGGUUAUCGAUAUGGCUUACCGUCCGAGUGGAGAGAGAGGGAAAUUAGGUGAUGUCUAUAUGGUCGAACCGUAUAUGGAUCACGAUUUGAACGGGAUGUUGGAAAACCCCUCGAUUAGGUUGGAACAUAGUCAGAUUAAGCUCUACAUGAAGCAACUUCUCGAAGGGACUCUGUAUUUGCAUAAGAAUCGGAUUCUCCAUCGGGAUAUGAAAGCGGCGAAUCUGCUGAUUAAUAACAGUGGUCAGUUGCAAAUUGCCGAUUUUGGUUUGGCUCGACCCUAUCGAGAUCCCGGGAAGAGUUGGACGGGGAAAGGGUGGCAGGGUGGGAUGCAAAAGUAUACCAAUAUGGUGGUUACGAGGUGGUAUAGACCUCCGGAGUUGUUGGCUGGGGAGAAAAAGUAUGGUCCUCCGAUUGAUAUGUGGGGUAUAGGCUGUAUCUUGGCAGAGAUGAUUAUGGGGAAACCGCUCUUUAAGGGGACUAGCGAGAUAAACCAGUUGCAGCUUAUAGCCGAGCUGUGUGGCAGUCCGAACGAAUCCUCUUUUCCAGGCUGGCGUAGCUUGCCAGGUGUGAAAGAUGCUGAUCCGACAGGGAGGCCGGAUCCGCAUCCGGAGGUGAAAGGACAACACGAUUUUGGAGAGUAUCCGAGAAAGGUCAAGGAGAUGUUUAGGAACGUUUAUGAUGCUGGACCUGGAUGUGCGGAUUUGAUUGAUAAGUUGUUGGUACUCGAUCCGAAGAAGAGAUUGACUGCGCAAGGAGCGUUGGAGCAUGAAUGGUUCUGGACGAAACCUUGGCCAGCUGAUAAGGCGACCUUGCCCAAGUACGAACAUAGUAAGGAGAUUGAUAGGGUUAGGAGGGAGUGGAAGCCCGCCCCUCAGCCUCAACAGCAGGUGCAACAGGUGCAGCAACAGGUGCAGCAACAGGUGCAGCAACAGAUGCCGCAACAGAUGCCGGUGCAGAUGGGCGGGGCGAGGCCGAUACAAGGAGUGGGUGGAGUGGGCAUGGGGAUGCAAACUAGACCACCGGCUUUUGGAAGAGCCUAUCCAAAUGGUGCUGGUGGUGUGGGGGAUGGAUGGGAUGCGCAACAGCAACAGCAGAGACCAGGGACGGGUGGUUCAGCUGUACCCUACCCCACACCUCCUCAGGGUCAGGGUAGAGCUUAUCCUACCGGUCCAGCGAACCCUUCUUACGGCGCAAGUGGGGGUUUAGGUGGUACUGGUCGCCUUGCAUACCCAAACCAACCCCAAGCAGGAGGCGGUGGUGGAGGGGGAAGAUUCGCUCAUCCAAACCAACACCAGCACCAACAAGCGCGACAUGGCUAUUCGACCCAUCAACAACACCAACAACAAGGCCAAGGACAGAGAAUGCACCCUGCCAGCACUUUACCUGCUCGUCCACCUAUACCUAACCCCGGAGCGGGUGCUCCAAGUGGGCCCAGAGGUCAGAAUAAUGGCGGUGGAGGCAAUCCUUACACCUCCUUCUAG